AUGUCCGGAUCACGCGAGUCGAGUAGAACACCGACAUCACGGCCAGGUUCUGCUGCUGUCCCUCACUCCAACGGAUACCACGCCCCAUCACACGAUGCCACAUCUUCACCUAUGCUGACGGACCUCACGCCCCUGCCAGUGCAGCGGAAUAAGCUUGUGAAGCGAAGCUCUUCCCUCCGCUCCACGGCCGGGUCACUGUCUUCGCCAUCCGGUUCCCGACUACCGCUGCCGGUGUUCAAAAGACCUGCUACCAGUCACCAGCGUGCUGCUACACUGCAAGAUGUGCAAGCUGAAGCAAAUCAUGAGCAGCAUACUCCGGCUUCAUCUGACGCACGUGACCCGGAGUGGGAGCAGUAUUUCACGCCAAAGAUAGCACGAGACGACGAUGGAUAUGAACGCAGACGCAGCCCGACUGGCAUUCCAAACCCAAUCAGGCGUAUCUACCCCGAUCGCAAAUAUACGCCUGUGCUUGUAUCGGCGAAGGAACUCGUGAGACGUGCCGAUGUAGAGAUGGAUGAUGGCAUUGAUUUUGCAGGCGGAGGUCUUAAGCAAAUUGGCAUGCAACCAAGUGUUGCUUCCUCGCCUAUACCUAAUCGUCCUGCCCACUUGGAGCCGUCCGCGAUACCAAGACGUUCUUUCUCGAUUGGCGAUUUGCUAUCCACCGGGCCUUCCCAACCGAUAUGGAGACGCCCCAGCUCAAACAAAAGCAAAGGUACUACGACCAGAUUACCUCGAAAAGCUCGUGCUCGCGUUGUGUCCGCGCCGCAGUCAUCGAUGGGAAGCUCGCUCAGUAGCACUGAAAGGCCCGCGAAGCGGCGGGACAUUACCGACCCAUCUGCUGGUCACCGGAGCAUAUAUUCAUCGUCAAGCAGCGCUCAUCCGACGGAGUCUAAGCAACAAGAAAUACAGCUAGAUCUCGGCUCUGGCACACCUCAUUCCCUGCAGUUUGGUUUUCCUGACUCGCCUACAUUUGGCCCACUCUCUGCAAUCCCCACGCCAUCACCACUGGAGCAACGCAUUCUACCCCAAGCUACAUCUGAGUCAGCUACGGCGCGACACGUGCGGACCUCAACUGUGCCGUCAGAAUUGACUGCCUCUACUGCCGAAUCCGAUAGCGAGCGAAGGUCAACAGGAGGAUACAGCACCGAUUACCAAAGUGACACUGUCUACGACUCAUUUCCUACGCGUACGACACGAAGCAGUUCUGGUAAGCGUGGUCCGCCGAUAGAUACCAUCUUUGACGAGUCUCCUCCAAGCUUCUCAUCCGGACGAAGCACGAAGCUUCGCGAUCUACUCAACGAUGGGCACUUUCCAGGAAGCGAGCACUCUUCGAGGUAUCGCCACGGCACGAUAGAGGAAGAAGGUAGCGUGCUAAGUACGCCUGUGCGGUCUCUGCACGACAAGAGUGUCACCUCCACGCCCUCCGCAAGGCCUGGUGCUCAACUGAUGUAUGCAUCAUCCCCACCAGUCAGAGAUCUGAUGUCAGACUUGGACGAGCCUGAUUGGGACGCAAUGGAAUCACCACCAAGAAGGGAUCUAGGCUUGGGCAUACAGCCCACGUUCGGCACGCCCAUGAAUAAUCAGCCCCCCUUUAGGAUGGCGCCGUUCCGCUUGAGCGCGCUUGGUCGACCGGGCCCCGGUUCUGUACAAUCCACGCCCAAUAGAUAUAGCAAUGGUGGCAUCGACAAAGCCAAUCUCUUCGACUGGUCUGAACAACAGCCGAGUCCGAGUCAUAGCAAGCAGUCUCCACCUAGACCACGGACAGUGCAUGGUAAGAAAGACAACGAGAGUCGUGGCAGCAGAGCCGCUGGUCGUCGACCUACCAGUGGUAUGCAUGCCAGGAGUCACAGUGUACCAGUCGUGCCCGAUGUGGAUGGCAAGAGAAAUGUAGUUGCUAAUAAGUUUGGGACUUGGGGUAUAGGUAGCAAGGGUCCAACCGAAGACUGGAACGAGGACUUUGACUUCGAGGAAGAACCGCCUCCUUUGCCGGCGGCGGCAGCUGCAAUAUUGGAAGAGAAGCGGAUCGAUAGUGGACAUGAAAUGUUUGUGCCGAAGUCGAUCAGGGAACAGCAGGAUAGCGUGGUCGCAAACAUCAGCCUACUGAGGGAAUGGGGAUUGCUUAUAGAGGAACUGAAAGAUCUACGGGUGCGAGCGGUGGCUCUGAACAUGCUUACGGGACCUCAUGCGAAGGCUUGGCGAGAGGUGGACGCCAUGAUCGAGCUGGCCGACCAAGAGUCCAACGAAGAAACGCUACAGCCGCGGCGUUCGCCUCCAUCGUCACCUGGAUUCGACUCUGAUGCUUUCGAUGAGCCACUGCCAGCAGUUCCCGAAGUGUCCUUGGCACCGCACGACGACCAGAUGUCUGUGAUGUCAAGUACCGAAGACGACGUCCAGCAUCUGUCUGCACGAUUGAGCCCAUCCAACAGCUUGAUUGGUCACCAUACAGCUGCACGGCCACGCAAGGACUCGGAAGCAGUCGCCCGCUCGGUGAUCGAGGCACUGCGCUCGAAACGUAGUGUUUCGGACCCUACAUCACUUAUGCCGGUCGCACCAACAAAGAAAGUGCCAUUCGAUACAGCCACGCUGCGACACAUUGUACCAUACGUCAAUGGAUUAAAACGAAAAGUCAAGGACGCUUUGCGUGAGACCGAGGGAUUGUAUUCCAGCCCACGGCGACGCUCACCACCUGACUACGAUGAUGACACGGAUAUGGAAGAUGCAGUGCACGAUCAUGAGCCUUCCUUUCGCAGCAUAUUCAACGAGCCAGGGCCAAACAGCCCCACGAGGAGACGCUCGAGACGGGAAGAAGCAGCUACCGAUAAUGAUGGAUGGGACGAAGCAUUCGAAGAUCCACGCAUAAACCUUGCAGCUCGAAUCCAGCGCAUGACACUACCACCUUCAUGA